UAACAUCGUUAACGUCAAACAUUUCUCGGCUAAUUAGCUGUUAAGAGAUCCAAAUCUUAAAUUAUUAAAGCAAAUUGUACGUUGGGAUACCAUUUUUAGGGGAGAGAGUCGUAGUAGUAAAUAAAAUAAAAGUGUAUUUAUUUAUUAGUAUAUGAGAAGAAAUAUUCAUACAAAACAGCUUAUGCUCAUCUGUUCGGAUCAUCAGAUGUGAUUCUUCUUUACAUGUCCAUCAUAGGUUGAUUGCAUAAACCCCACAAGAAUCAUCACCAUGCCUUCGGAGUUAACUCAGGAAGAACGAUCAGCCCUCGCGCAAUCCAUCGCCGAGUUCCACACUUACCAACUCGGUCCAGGAAGCUGCUCCUCACUCCACGCGCAGCGAAUCCACGCGCCGCCGGAGAUCGUCUGGUCAGUCGUCCGUCAGUUCGACAAACCGCAGACGUACAAACACUUCAUCAAAUCCUGCUCCGUCGAUGAAGGAUUCGAGAUGCGUGUUGGAUGCACGCGCGACGUGAUCGUGAUCAGUGGAUUGCCGGCGAACACGUCGACGGAGAGGCUCGAUAUACUAGACGACGAGAGGCGAGUGACGGGGUUUAGCAUCAUCGGAGGAGAGCACAGGCUGGUGAACUACAAGUCGGUGACGACCGUGCACAGGUUCGAGAAGGAGAGACGGGUGUGGACGGUGGUGCUCGAGUCGUACGUCGUGGAUAUGCCGGAAGGGAACUCGGAAGAGGACACAAGAAUGUUCGCUGAUACAGUCGUUAAACUGAAUCUGCAGAAAUUGGCGACUGUCACCGAAGCCAUGGCUCGUAACGCCGCCGGAGAGGGAGGCGGCUCUCAGGCGACUUAGAAAACAAAAUUAUAUAUGUGGAAAGAAUGAAAAAUGUUUUUUUUCUUAAUUACUUAUUUGGGAAAUGUUAUUUACUAUGCUUUUAUAUAAGAUUCGACUAUUUUGCUCGGUUUAAA